UGUUUUCCCGCUAGAUGUCGGUUACUUUCUCCUCGGGGGGAAAAUGGCGUUUCUGUUUGGGUAUUGCGUGGUCAUCAAAUGAAGUUUAAAAGAAUUCGAGAUGGGGCUGCAUUGAAGAACUGAUCACCUUCCACUGGGUGUGUUGGUGCACCAGCACCUGUGGCUGUGUGUCCACUGAACCAUUGUGGAAAGGUGGUCGUGGACAGAGUGGUGGCAUAUGUGGAGGACUUGGUGAUGAAUGCUCACCUUGUCGUGGAUACAGCAAGUAGUAGUAGCAGCUGUGCCCCAGGAGGUUUGCAUGUGAGCAGCAAGCGCCGGAAGCUGGACGGCUGCCCGCAGGAGUACCGAGCCGACCCAUACGGCCAUGUCCCCAGUCCCAGCCAGAGUCACACGCAACAGUCGCGCAUGGUGCGCCAAAACGCACGCCUAGAUACCUACCAGAGGUGCGGCGUUAAGCGCAAGUCGACUGCGAGCCGAGAGUGUUAUGCCGGCGAGGAAUCGUCGGCCCAAAUCAGCACGACGACGUCCCACAGUAAGCCGGCGGCCGCGGCCGGCUCGUCCACCGAUGGCGACUACCAGCUGGUGCAGCAUGAGGUGCUCUGCAGCCUCACCAACCAGUAUGAGGUACUCGAGUUCCUGGGCCGCGGCACCUUCGGCCAGGUGGUCAAGUGCUGGAAGAAAGGCACCAAUGAGAUCGUGGCCAUGAAAAUCCUCAAGAACCAUCCGUCGUACGCUCGGCAGGGUCAGAUCGAGGUCUCCAUCCUGUCUCGACUGAGCCACGAGAACGCGGAUGAGUUCAACUUCGUGCGCGCACACGAGUGCUUCCAGCACAAGAACCACACCUGUCUGGUGUUUGAGAUGCUGGAGCAGAACCUGUACGACUUCCUCAAGCAGAACAAGUUCUCUCCGCUGCCGCUCAAGUUCAUCAGACCGAUCCUGCAGCAGGUGCUGACGGCGCUGCUAAAACUCAAGCAACUGGGUCUGAUCCACGCCGACCUGAAGCCGGAGAACAUCAUGCUGGUGGACCCCAUCCGGCAGCCCUACCGCGUCAAGGUGAUCGACUUCGGUUCGGCUUCGCACGCCAGCAAGGCCGUCUGCAACACCUACCUGCAGAGUCGCUACUACCGCGCGCCAGAGAUCAUACUCGGUCUGCCGUUCUGCGAGGCGAUCGACAUGUGGUCGCUGGGCUGUGUGAUCGCCGAGCUGUUCCUGGGCUGGCCGCUGUACCCGGGCAGCUCCGAGUACGACCAGAUCCGCUACAUCCGCCAGACGCAGGGACAGCCGCCCGAACACAUGCUCAACAACGCCACCAAGACGACGCGCUUCUUCUACCGGGACGUCGACCAGAACUACCCGUGCUGGCGGCUCAAGACACCCGAGGAGCACGAGUCUGAGACUGGCAUCAAGUCGAAGGAGGCGCGCAAGUACAUCUUCAACUGUCUGGACGACAUGGCGCAGGUGAACGUGCCGCAGGACCUGGAGAGUGGCGAGCUGCUCGCAGAGAAGACGGACAGGCGAGAGUUCAUCGACCUCAUCAAGCGGAUGCUCACCAUGGAUCAGGAGCGUCGGGUGAUGCCGCCCGAGGCGCUGAACCAUGCGUUCGUAACGCUGUCGCACCUGGUGGACUACUCUCACUGCGCCAACGUCAAGGCGUCGGUGCAGAUGAUGGAGGUGUGCCGCCGGCACGUGUUCACGCCGCAGCCGGCGGCGGCUGCCGCGCCGGCCGCGCCGGCCGCCGCCGCGCCCGCCCAGCUGGUCAACCUGGUGCCCACCAGCGUCGGCAACGUGGCCAUCACCUUCAACAACCAGCUGCCCAACCAGUACCAGUUUUACCAGCCGCGCACCCAGCGCCAGUACGGCUCGUCGCGCGUGGCCGCCUCCUACCAGCACCAGCUGGUGCCGUCACUGCUGUGCCCGCCGCACCCGCAGACCUACCAGGUGCCCCAGCAGCAGUACGUGCCCGUCUCCAUGGUAGAACAGUCCGGCCGGCCGAUGCUGUUUGCGAACGGCAGCUCGUGGCCGGCGGCCGGCAGCAGGCAGAUGACGUUCGUGCCGUCGUGGCAGCAGCCGGCGGCGGCGGCGGCGCUGCAGCCGUCUGCCGCGCUGCUGCCGGACAGCGCCGACUGGCGGCUCUCGCAGCCGCGGCCGGUGCUCGUCGAGAGCGCCUCCUUCCUCCAGGACCAGCCGGGCUCCAUGUACCCGGACAUGCUGCUGCAGGCCGCCGAGAUGGUGCCCCGGCCGCGCGCCGCGCCCGCUCCGGCGCCCGCGCCCGCGCCCCCGCCGGCCCCGGCGCCGGCGCACGGCGGCGGCCAGUACAGCCAGCGGCCGAGCAAGCGGAGCGGUGCGCCGCGACCGCCGGCCGGCGCACCGCACGCCCUCUACGUGGAGAAGAAGGAGCCCGUCUCGCACAUCAGCCCCGUCAAAAAGAAGCCCAAGGAAGAGAGCAGCGGGGACAGCUCGCGGCGCGGCGCGCUCUACGUGGAGAAGAAGGAGCCCGUCUCACACAUCAGCCCCGUCAAAAAGAAGCCCAAGGAGGAGAGCAGCGUGGACGAGUCUCGGCGCGGCGGCGAGCCCAGCGGCGGCGGCCGUCGGGCGGCGGGCCGGCGCGGUCAGCCGACCAUCACCAUCCGGGACACGCCGUCGCCGACCGUGUCGGUGAUCACCAUCUCGGACAGCGACGACGAGACAGCCGGCCGCGCGCCAGCUGACAAACACGGGAGCAGCGGCCACUCGAGCGUCGUGCUGCCGAGUAGCGCCUGUCCGUCGGUCACCGUGACGCCCAGCGAGGCCGCCCACCACCACGCCGCCUCAGUGCUGGCCAGCAGCGCGUCGGAGCGCGACCGGCGCCAGCCGCCGCGCGCCGCCGGCCGCGCGCGCGUGGUGGUGGUGCACGACAGCGACGAGGAUACCCAGCCGGCCGUGGCCGUCGUCAAAACGGAGCCGUCGACAAGCGGCUACCAUUCGUCGGCGCCCGUCUCGCAGAAGAAGCGCCUGCUGGCCAAGUCUCAGUCCGAGUGUCACCUGAACCAGGCCGCCGCCGCCGCGCCGGAGGCCGAGGAGUGGGAGCGCCGCGAGUGGGACGGCCGCCGGCACAGCCUCUACCUGCCGGCCGCCGACGAGCCGCCGCCGCCCGCCGCCGACGACGUGCGCUACGUGUCGGCGCGCCGGGACGAGUACCGCUCGGCCGAGCCGCUGCCGCCGGCGGCCCACUCUCAGCCGGCGGCCGGCGCGCGCUACGUGGUGGCGCCGGCGCCGGCCGUCUCCUCUGCGCACCGCGACUACCUGGCGGCGGCGGCGGCGGCGGCCGUCGGGCGCGACACGGUGCUGCUGGCCUCGCAGCCGGCCGGCCGCCCCCACCACGGCGCCGGCCGCGAGCUGCUGCAGCCGGACCCGGCGGCGGCGGCGGCGGCAGCCGCGGCCUACCGCGCCUCGGCGGCGGCCUCCUACAGGAACUACGCGGCGGCGCACGUCUCGCCGGGCCCGUGGGUGUCGCAGCCGCCGCCGCUGGCGCCGCUCAGUCCGCGGCUGGCGCCCGAGCUGUUCCGGGAGUUCCGCCGGCCGGCGGUGUACGCGGUGGCCACGGCACAGCCGUCGGCGGCAGCGGCGGCGGCCGCGGCCGGGCAGUACCUGGCGGCGGCGGCGGCCGGCCGCUCCGUGGCGCAGAUCCCGGCCGGGCUGCUGCCGCCGCCGGCACACCACAGCUCGGCGCGGCCGGUGCUGACGGCGCACCCGUCUGGCCACCCGCUGCCGGCCCACCUGCCCAGCGUGUUCAGCGGACACCCGCAGGUGGCCGGCGCGUUCAACUACGCCGCGCUCAGCCCGAGCAAGUCGCAGUACCAGCCGCUCUGGCUGGCCGAGUAGCGGCGCAACUACCCGUACCCGCUCCCUCUAUCUUGCUCGCUCGCUCGCUUGGGUUGGUUGGUUUUUAUGUUGGUUGGUUUUAGCGGCGCGGGCGCGGCCUCGGUGUUUGGCGGUGUUUGAGUGUUGACAUUUAGGCUGGCUUUAUGUUAGCGUUCGUUCUUAGUCGGUUUCGAUGUUGGGUGUGCGCUGUGUAAUCAUGUAGGCCCGGUGGGCCGGCGCCGCCGUGUAGCGUCUAUGUAACGAGUGGUGCCUUGGCCCUCCGCGCGAGUCCGGUGCUGUAGUGUGUAGGUGAUCUAGUAGCUUUAACUUGCAAUGCUUUCCCAUUGCCGGCGGCGUUUCAGAGGUGUGGCAUUUUAGAUUGGUUGUGGUGUUCGGCGUUCGUUUUUCUCGUUGUUGGACAUGAUUCUCUCGGAUUGGGGCCGGUGCGUGGUCCCCGGCGCGGUAGGCAGGGCUAGGCUUCUUCCCUCGUUAGGCAGGUUGUCGUUGGCGAGCGGGCCGGACUUUUAAUUGGUCAGCCGCGGGCUGCCGCUACAUACGGACGCUGUAUGUAUUGCUCCGGGGGCGGGCGGGUGCCCCAAUGAACUAGGUUGCUUCCCUCUCCGGCUCCCGGCCGACCCCCUCCCCCCCCCUCCCCCUCCCCGGCCGGGCGCGCCCGUCGCCGCCCCGUCGGUCUGCCGCCGCCGACAUGCAUGCCCUGUGUGGCGGCGGCGUGGCGUGGCUGGGACGGGCGGCGGGCGCCCGGCCGGACCGCGUUUUACCCCUCCUGCGGACCACUUUACGCGGCCAGCCGCCGACAAAGACAGACUAGCAUAUAGCGCGGCCGGCGCGCCGCACGCUUCAGGGACUGUUCAGUGUGUGGCGGCCGCCGGGCCGGGCGACGGCCUCCCUCCUGUCUCCAUUCCACCGGCUCCCGUCCCGGCCGCCCCCGGCCGCGCCGCGCCGCGCCCGCGCGCUCGAUAAUCAAAUAGUGCGGCCGGCCGGAGCGGGCGCGCCGCCGCCCGGCUGCCCCCCGCUCCACCGCCCCUUCGGCUACUACUCUCCUUGUGAUCACACGUGCACUUUCACUACGCUAGCUAGAGAAGUUUUGCAUAAUAGUCUAUUUUUCAUAUGUGUGAUCCGGGGCGGCUGUGCGGGCGCCGGCGGCUGCCGGUCCGGCUCGGUGGGGCUUUGGUAGGGGCGCGCGCCGCCCGUAGUCACUGUAGCGACGCGGUCCGCCCGGGGCGCCGCCGUCCAGUUCUUCAAUGUGAUUUUUGCAUUACGUACAAACGUAGCGGUUUCACCUUUGUAUUAAUACCUAGCGGUGUGUGAUAUCUAUAUUCUGAUUAACCGGUGGCGGCGGCGGCGGCGCGUGAGCGCGCGCUCGGCGCCGCGCCGCCGGCCGUCAGUGUACUCGGCUCCUGUGUGGUAGGGGCGCGGCUGGCCGGUCGCCGCCGCGCCGCGUAGCUCUCUGUGUGUGACGGCGGCGCGCUCGCGGCCUCUCCACCUUGUGAUACGCUGCCGCCGCCCACGGUAUCGGCAGGUAAUAAAUUGCAGUGGCAGAACUA